AUGGCUGGCCCGAGUGACAAGGCGCGCUUCUACCUCGAGCAGUCGGCGACGGAGCUGAAUGAGCUUGAGCGCAAAAAAAUCUUCAGCAGGGAAGAAAUCAGCUCUAUAGCGAAGAAGCGCUCGGAUUUCGAGCACAUUAUCAAUGCCCGCGGCUCGCACCCAGAAGACUAUAUGCGCUAUAUUGAAUUCGAAAAGAACGUCGACGCUCUCCGCCGCAAGCGAAUAAAGCGACUAGGCGCCCGGUACAAAGGCUCUGGACAGCGAACAAUCUACCUUCUCUACAACCGCGCGACAAGGAAAUUUUCUGGUGACCUGGCGCUAUGGAUGCAGUAUAUCGACUUUGCGCGCAGGGACAAGGCAUACAAGAGACUGAACGACAUCUUCACCUCUGUCGCUCGGCUGCACCCUACCAAGCCAGAUAUAUGGAUUCUAGCAGCAAACUACUUCAUGGACACCCAGGCCGACAUUACCAAUGCGCGAAGCUACAUGCAGCGAGGGCUACGUUUUUGCAAGAAGUCCGAGGUCAUGUGGCUCGAGUAUGCCAAACUGGAGACCAUCUAUGUGGGCAAGAUUGCGGGCAGAAGGAAGAUUUUGGGGCUUGACGUUGAUCGCACAAAGAAGGACGAGGACGGCGAUGAGAAUAUGAUUGCGCUUCCAGAGGUGACGGCUGAAGACGUGAAUCCCAGCCUGAAGCAGGACGAUGGUGUAGACGAGGUGGCUCUACAGAACCUUGCGGCAGCACCAGUACUUACUGGGGCUAUUCCCUUGGCAAUCUUUGACUCUGCUAUGAAACAGUUCCAGGGUAGCCCCAGACUGGCCGAGAGAUUUUUCGGCAUGUUCGCCGAAUUCGAACAGGUAGCGUGCAUACCACGCCUGCUGCAGCAUGUGCUCGGUUAUCUGCAAGAGCAGUCACCACAGGCGGUUGAGACUGCCAUGUGCAAGUUCCAUAUGCAGUUGUACGGAAGCGACCCCGCCGAUCCCGAGACUGCGCUUAGGCUGAGCAAGGCAUUGGACGUGAUAAGCUCUACCGUUCAGCAACACCCUAGAGAAAGUAGCAGGGUUGCCGAAGUCGUCGUUCGGCGGCUCUUAUCUUUGGACCGGUUACUUGCGGGUGUGGAUUCAUCGCUGCAGAAGGCAUCGCGUGCUGCGCUGCGCAAAUAUGUUCGCGCAAUGGAAGAAGGACAAGAUAGGGGGGAUAGGGUGGUUGGCUUGGCCCGAUUGCUGCAGCAGGAGGGGAAGAAAGAUGAUGCCGAUCUAUUGAUGCAGAUGGGCGUCAAGUACUGGGGUGAGAACGGUGAGGUGCAAAAGUAUAUUUCAGCAAUGGAAGGGUAA